AUGCCAGCAUGUGCCGGACGAGGAACCACGACGCAACUGCAGACACACUCCAAUUCGGUAGACGCUGGCCGGCACUAUGGGUUUCAGAAGCUCGAAUUCAAAGAGCACAUCUACAGGUCACAGGAAGUUGCUGCAGCGCUCCCCGUGACGCCCGCAACACAGGCCGCUGUCACCCAAGGGCAGCGCAACUCGACACCAAACCGGUGCUCAGAUACGAGAGCACGGGCGGAGGGCGCAUUAGAACCGGAAAAGUACGCAAAACAAACCCUAGGAGCGCAACUUUGCCUAUUGGCGUACACCGUUGAGGGCGAAACUGGAGCCAGACUCCCGAGCGCAUACUCUUCGGCCUGCGCGGCCAAUGGGACCACUAGCUAUGAAUGCAUGCCGCAGACAAGCUCCAUCGCUCCAAGAAACUCUGGAGCAGCGGAGCACUUUCUAUACCGCCACGUGCGCAGCCAAUGAGGUGAUGCGCUGCACAAUUGAGUCUAUCGCCACUCUGCGGAGGGGACGCAGCACCCUGAUGCGCAAGGCGACCGUGGCACCGAUGCCGCCCAACUCUUGCAGUCGCGGUCGCAUUCAGGUAUGUAAUUAGGAGACGGGGCAAGUCAUUGUUUCCGCAGCUUCUCAAGCGCUGGAAGACCGAUUGGCGUCCGGCGUCUGGAGGAUCUCCGCGAGCGCUCGAUCCCCUCACAUCAGCUAUCGGAGUCGACAGCGCCCGUCCAGGUCGUCGUCCUCGAGCGGCGCUAGUCGCAUCACAUUCUUUGACCAUGUGAAGCUACAGAGGCGCUCGGAGGAUAUCA